GGUCUCGGCGCUCCGGGACUCGCAGGAGCUCCGGCUGCAGUCUUCGCGCGCAGCCCCCGCCGCCUCCGUCCAAGCGGGCUCAGCCCGGUGCGGCCGGCGGCUGUGGCGAUGUGAUCCGGGGCCCGCGGGCGCGGCAGGUUCGCCGCGAUGUGGCUCAAGCCGGAGGAGGUGCUGCUCAAGAACGCGCUGAAGCUCUGGGUGACCCAGAAGAGCAGCUGCUACUUCGUCUUGCAGCGGCGCCGCGGGCACGGCGAGGGGGGCGGCCGCCUCACCGGUCGCCUUGUGGGUGCUCUGGACGCGGUGCUGGAUUCCAGCGCACGGGUUGCUCCGUUUCGGAUUCUGCUUCAAGUUCCUGGGUCCCAGGUCUAUUCCCCCAUAGCAUGUGGUGAGUUACUGAGUGGACCAGACAUUUACUGGGCCAUAGCCACUGGUGCAACACUGGAGGAAAUCAACCAGCACUGGGAGUGGCUGGAGCAGAACCUGCUGCACACCUUGUCAGUCUUUGACAACAAAGAUGACAUCGCCAGCUUUGUCAAAGGAAAGGUGAAGGCUCUGAUUGCAGAGGAGACCAGCAGCAAGCUGGCGGAGCAGGAGGAGGAGCCCGAGAAGUUCCGAGAAGCUCUGGUGAAAUUCGAGGCCAGGUUCAGCUUCCCCGAGGCAGAGAAGCUGGUCACAUACUACUCCUGCUGCUGUUGGAAGGGCCGGGUGCCCCGCCAGGGCUGGCUGUACCUCAGCAUCAACCACCUCUGCUUCUACUCCUCCUUCCUGGGCAAGGAACUCAAACUUGUGAUCCCUUGGGUGGACAUCCAGAAGUUGGAGCGAACGUCCAAUGUCUUUCUCACGGACACCAUCCGGGUCACCACACAGAGUAAGGAGCGCGACUUCUCCACGUUUCUGAACCUGGAUGAGGUGUUUAAGAUCAUGGAGCAGCUGGCAGAUGUGACACUCCGGAGGCUGCUGGACAGUGAGGCCUUUGAUCUGGACCCUGACCUGCAGGAGCCCAGCCAGAUCACCAAGAGGGACCUGGAGGCCCGAGCACAGAAGGAGUUCUUCCGGGCGUUCUUCAGGCUGCCGAGGAAGGAGAAGCUGCACGCCGUGGUAGACUGUGCCCUCUGGACGCCCUUCAGCCGCUGCCACACGGCGGGGCGGAUGUUUUCCUCCGACAGCUACAUCUGCUUUGCCAGCAGAGAGGACGGCUGCUGUAACGUUGUACUUCCACUGAGAGAGGUAGUCAGCAUUGAGAAGAUGGAGGACACGAGCCUGCUGCCCAACCCCAUCAUUGUUAGCAUCCGCAGCAAGAUGGCUUUCCAGUUCAUUGAGCUGAAGGACAGAGAAAAGCUGGUAGAGGGCUUGCUGCUGCGACUGAAGCAGGUCCACGCCAACCACCCUGUGCAUUACGACGCCUCGCCAAGUGAUGAGGACAUGACUUCACCUGUGUUUUAUUCAACAAGCAUGUGCAGUGACAAGUUUGGGGACCUUGAAAUGGUGUCUUCUCAAAGUAGCGAAGAGAGGGAGAAGGAACAGAGCCCGCUGCCACACCCCGAGCCCCUGACUGCCCUCUUCCAGCAGUCUGGCAGCCAGAGUCCUGACUCCCGCCUGUCCCGGGAACAGAUAAAAAUCAGUCUGUGGAACGACCACUUUGCAGAGUACGGCAGGACCGUGUGUAUGUUCCGCACUGAGAAGAUCCGGAAGCUGGUGGCCAUGGGCAUCCCUGAGUCUUUACGUGGAAGGUUGUGGCUGCUUUUCUCAGACGCCGUGACGGACUUGGCCUCGCACCCUGGGUACUACGGGAAUUUGGUGGAGCAGUCGCUGGGGCGAUGCUGCCUGGUGACGGAGGAGAUAGAACGGGACCUGCACCGCUCUCUGCCUGAGCACCCUGCCUUCCAGAAUGAAACGGGUAUCGCCGCCUUGAGGCGGGUGCUGACAGCAUAUGCUCACCGGAACCCCAAGAUUGGAUACUGCCAGUCCAUGAACAUCCUGACUUCUGUGUUGCUUCUGUAUGCCAAAGAGGAGGAAGCCUUCUGGCUCCUGGUUGCCGUGUGUGAGCGGAUGCUGCCCGAUUACUUCAACCACCGGGUGAUCGGUAAACUGCCUUCCUCCCCCUCCUCCAUCACAUCUGGGGAGCAUGCCUGAGCUUGGGAGGACGGC